AUGGAUUCCAUAAAUACAAACCAAGAACAAGAAGAACAACAACAGAAGCAGCUGGCGAAUGAAGACAAGACGACUGUCAUAGGCCGACAGCCAUCCAUAUACUCGCUCACUCUAGACGACCUCCAAAACACCCUCAACGGUAGCGGCAAGAAUUUCGGGUCCAUGAACAUGGAUGAAUUCCUCAACAGCAUUUGGACUGCUGAGGAGGCUCAAACCCAGACCCAAGCCCAAUCCCAAGCCCAAUUUAGCUCUUAUGUUCAGCCCACAAGCAACCCAGCACCGUUCCUGCUGAAGCAAGGCUCCCUAGCCCUGCCCGAGCCUCUGUUCGGGAAAACGGUGGAUGAGGUCUGGUCCCAUAUCCACAAAGUCAACGAGGGCAGCCGUGCUGUGGAAGAGCCGGCCAAUCGGCAGCCGACACUUGGCGAGAUGACGCUGGAGGACUCCUUGGUCCGUGCUGGGAUCGUGCGGCAGCAGAAUAAUAAUGGUGAAGCUGUUAACUGUCAGCUUAGUGUGGGGCCCACUAACGUUGUGGCAGGAGUCGGGCCCCGGCCGCGCAGGGUUGAGCGGCGGAGGCAGAAGACUGAUGGGCCCGCAGUCGAGAGGCGGCAAAGGAGAAUGAUGAAGAAUCGGGAGUCGGCAGCGCGUUCUAGAGCAAGGAAGCAGGCUUAUACGGCGGAGCUUGAAGCAGAACUGCACGAGUUGAGAGAAGAGAAUGCACACCUAAAAGAAGCCUUGGAUGAGUGCGAAAAGAAAUGGAGGCGACAGUGUGAGGAAGCGAGAGUUCAAGCACAGGUCAGAACUAAGGCUCAGACAGUUAACAAUAAAUUACGGGCCAUGCGGGGGAGCUCGAGCUGUCAUUACUAA